ACAAUCGUAUGGUGGUCGGGUGUUUUGUUAUGAAAUCGGCCGAAAUCCAAACGUCUCGUUGUGAAAUCGUCACUAAAACCGCACACUUUCGUAGGAGUCUCCACCGAGACAUUUGUGGUCAAUUGCGGAGUAAAAAAGUAGCUGCUAUUCGGUGAAAUUUGUUAUAAUUGAAGUGGUCGCCACCACAUUUUACAAGCUGUGUUUUGUCUUCGUUCAUUGGAGUCUCGGAUUGAAUUGAAGUGGACGGAUAUUUCGCUUACAAAGUUAUCCAGCAGCAACGCAGACGAUGCUCCACAUUACCCGACAACUACAUACGGGCCAGCGAAUGCAGACCCAGCGUUGCUCUAAGCUGAUCGACAGCGUUCUUCGGGUGGAUCAUGCCGGCGAAGUCGGCGCAAAUCAAAUCUACCGUGGCCAGAUGGCGGUUCUUGGGCACACCAAGGCAGGCAAAACCAUCCAACACAUGUGGGAACAGGAAAAGGUGCACAAGGAGGAAUUCGACCGGCUGCUGUACAAGUAUCGGGCAAGACCGACAGCCCUGCUGCCGUUCUGGAACGUGGCCGGGUUCGCACUCGGAGCUGGUACCGCGCUGCUCGGAGAGAAAGCGGCGAUGGCGUGCACAGUGGCCGUCGAGUCGGUCAUCGUUGAACACUACAACGAUCAACUGCGCAAGCUGAUGGACGAUCCAACCUUUGUCGACAAGGAACUGCUUGCGACGAUACGGCGCUUCCGAGACGAGGAGCAGGAACACCACGACACUGGGCUCGAGCACGGUGCCGAGCAGGCCCCCUUCUAUCAAGCCCUCACGGAUGUGAUCAAAUUUGGCUGCCGCACGGCCAUCAAAAUAGCGGAACGAAUCUAAAAUCAUUGGUCUCGCAUAAAGGCAUUCUCAUCCAAGCACGAAAUCGGGAAAUCGAAAGCGACAGAUAGAAGGAGUCGGGACAUCAUUUCCUUCGAGCAACUCGGCACCUCGGUUUUUAAUUUUGGUUGUAGUGUUUUUUUUUUCUUUUUGUGUAGGAAAUAGACAAAAUGUGGAAAAGAAAAAUUUAGUUUCAUCCUUAGCAGCCAAAAUGUGUGUGAGAGAGAAAGAGCGAGCGAAGAGAGAGAGAGAGAGAGAGAGAGACAGAGAGAAAGAGAGAGUAGGAGAAAGAGCGAAAGCAAAUGAAAUUGAUAGAUCAGUAGUCGGUAGUAGAUGCGAAAUACUGAAGAAAAACCAAAACGAAUUGGCGCCCGGCUUAGCUAGAUGGUUUGAUAGUGAACUGUGCAACGAACUCAAGCGAAUGAGUUCUUCAAUUCUACCCUGGAUGAAGAAUCUUCUAAUGGGCUCUCGAGAAUAGAAUGCUGCCCCUGUUGUAUUAAUGGUACCAUGCGGCAAACCUAUGAGAACAAGCGAGAUACACGAUCCGCACUAAACUAGGAGGGGUUUCUAGUCACCCGUACUACUUAAUAUUCUUCCUAGACCACGGUACCCUUAAAAGGAUGUUGGCAGGAGAUCCUAGUGCAACUUGCUGCGCUUGGCGAGCAAACACCAUCAAGUCAGCAGCAGCAGAAACGAACGGCAACAUACAGUCUGUUUGUGUGUGCGCAUAUGCACCGGUGCGAUUAACAUUAAGUUUACGCAAAGCAUUUGAUAGGCAGCAAAGCAGCAAGGGAAAUGAUCCUUCAACAAGGCAGAAUAUGUUUACGUUAUACACGAAUCAAGCGAAAGUAGAUGUUUAGGACGCGUAGUGAGGGCCAGCAGAAGAGGAAGGGACACGUGAGCGUAGUUAGCGAUGCCUCGUGAAGACAUGACCCGUUAUUGCUACAAAGAUCGGAAUUCUAGAAGGAGCGAAGGAGCAUAAGUUCCUUCUACCAGAAAAAUGUAAAUGAACUUGUUGGCAAAUUCCGGGUUCUAAUGGAUACGACCGAAAGUAUGUCGAUGUGUACGUUUUUGUGUGAGAAGUAGAAGUUGAAUGUUUUCUGUUUUCUGAAACAAUGUGAAUGUCAGGUACAGCAUUACAUGUCCCGCUAGGAUGCAUCGUAGCAUAAGCGAUUGCUGCGGGUUGGCCGAAAGAUUGCAGAGAGCUUUUAUUACACGCUGGUUUUUUGGCUAGCAAGCUCUUUUUUUUCUAGAGAAUUCCAAACAAAUGUCGCGUUUUGUACAAAAAAGAUGUGUGUGCGUGUGUGGUGUUAUGAUUUCUUUUUCGUUUGAGGGUAACGCUGAGUGUAGGAGUGGGAAAGGAGAGGGGGGGGGGGGGUGCAUGGGAAACCAACCACAAAUCCGGAAGCGGACGGGAGUGAAAGCGAAAAGAGGAUUUAAGGAAGGUAAAGCGAACGAGAAGUUGGGAGCAGGACGAUUGGAUCGAGCGGGGAGAAGGAAGGUAGGGGUCAUUGAUGAAGGAUUAGCCGAGCAGGUGAUGAAGGAAUAGGAACAAUAGAUAAAGAGAGGAAGAGAGCGAGAUGAAAAAAGAUAGAAAAGAAAGAAAUAGAAAGAAGAGGAGAGAGAGUAGCAAAAAUACAAACAAAAAAAGGCAUACGCUA